AUGCAGGGGAUCACGGUGACCUGUCUGGUGGCCUGCGUGGAUGAUGUGGAGGGUGACUCACUGGCUUCAGCUGUGCGCCAAGACAUGGACUUGUCAUGCAAGAUCCCUGCCGGUGUAGGAGGCAGCCACCCCCAACUGGUGGUGGGCACCUUGGAUAUCAAUCAAGGGGUGAAUCUGCCGGGGGGGCACCUGAUUGGCCUAGAGCCCGAAGGAGCUGUGGCCAGGAUUCAGAGGGGCUACCUGUCAAACAUCUGCACCCAGAAGGCUGUUCGACGCACUGGCGUUGCCAUGAGGCUCAUCAGAGCAGCAAUUGAUGAGGCAGCCAGCGCCGGCAUAAGGUGGCUUUACGUGCAUGCUGCCGAGCAGAACACAGCUGCUGUCCAGCUGUAUACGCAGCAGUGUGGCUUUGAGAUAGAGCAGGAAGAAGGGGCAGGCAUCGCCAUUCGACUGAACCGGCCUAGGCGAUACCUGUUCAGGCAACGCCUGGGAUGA